AUGAACAAAGAUUCGUUUGACGAAUACGAUAGUGGAAUUGCACCCGUUUAUUCAAAAAGUUUGUUAUCAAAAUAUCCAGGAAAACUCGAAACUUUUCAUAAACUUUAA